AUGGUUAAUCCAGAUCAACUAAGUUUAGAAGGGGCAAUCAAGAUAGUACCUUCAUUUUCGGGAGGAUCAGAAUCAGAGUUAGCUUCCUUUUUGGCUAAAUGCGAAUUCAUUUUUAAAAGUAUCCCUAAUACUUUAAAACCCCUUAUUUUAGAAGCCAUAAUAACUCAGUUAAAAGGUAAUGCAUUCGAGGCCGUUAGGUAUAAGGUAAUUACCACCUGGGAUGAAUUAAAAAAUUUAUUUAAAACCAUUUUUGGUUCAGCACAUUCAGUGUCGUACUUACAGGUACAAUUAAAUCAAAUGCGUCAAAAUUCGAAAGAAUCGAUUAGAGUUCUAGAUUAG